UCCUCGCUCUUGUUGUGAAAUCCCCAAAUCCUCGAUCUCUUCUCUUUCCAAACCCUAAUCCCCUUCGAUUCGAUGCGGAAGUCGACGGUGAAGGACUCCACCGGCGACGGUGAACCGAUGGACACCCUCUGGGUCGGCAACAUCCCGUCCAACACCGCUAGCCCUGAUCUGAAGGCGCUUUUCGCCAACCACGGCGCACUCGAUUGCGCCGCCAUGCACGGGUCCCGGAGCUACGGAUUUGUCUUCUUUCGCAACGCUAGUGAAGCCCGGGCAGCCAGGGACGCCCUCCAGGGCGCUAUGUUCCAUGGAAACCCUAUCAAGAUCGAGUUUGCCCGUCCGGCUAAACCUUGUAGGUAUCUAUGGGUUGGUGGAAUUGGUUCCUCAGUCACAAAAGAACACCUAAAAGAGGAGUUUUUGAAGUUUGGGAAGAUAGAAGACUACACAUUCCUUAGGGACAGAAACUCUGCAGUGAUUGUUUUUGUCAAAAUGGAUGAUGCUGUUGCUGCUAAGAAGAACUUAGAUCGAAAACGUAUAUCCGAGGAACAAAUCCGUGUAGACUUUCUAAGACCCCAGCCAUCUAAAGUGGAAUGGCCUGAGCACCUUGAUUCAAGAGAUGGACGGUUAAGUAGCCGGAGCUUGGGAGCAUCAGAAGCAUGGGUGUCUUCUGAUGGAAUGAGAAAUUCUGAUUCCUACCUUGGACUGAAGAAGAAUCCACUAUAUUCAGGGCGAAGAGAUGGCCAGCCAAGCAAUGUUUUGUGGGUAGGCUAUCCACCCUCUGUGCCUAUGGAUGAAGAGAGGCUUCAUAAUGCUAUGAUUCUCUUUGGUGAAAUUGAAAGGCUAAAAUGCUUCCCUUCAAGGCACUAUUGUUUUGUCGAGUUCAGAAGCGUUGAUGAAGCUCGGCGAGCCAAGGAAGGACUGCAGGGUCGCCUUUUUGGUGAACCCAGAAUACAGAUAUUAUUCUCAAGCAGUGAGCUUGCGCCAGGUAAGGAUAGUAUGCCACUUAUUUCUGGGCAUAGAGGACACAGGGAAGAUAUGUUUAUCAAGGAACCUGCAUUUGGAUCGUUGGAAUUAUCUGGCCCUGGUCAUGCACCAGCUCCAAACAAUUUUCCUGGACUCUUACCCCUUCCUAACAGUAUACCUAGUCCAAGUAUAGCAUCAAGGUCUCGGAUAUCACAAGGUUUUGAUACCCUCUAUGAAGGUUCAGAUUUUAAAGAUUUUAAUGGUGCAUCACUUAAAUUUUCUGAUGACAAUCGUAAUAGUCCUAUACCGCAAACCAGAAGAUAUCAUUCUCCUCCUGGACCAGUUACUUGCCCUCCGACUCCAGGUCGGAAGUCACUUGUUAGGUCCCUUCCUGGUGGAUGGGAUGGAUCUGACAUAAGAAACACAAAGAGAUCAAGAGUCGAUGACUAUCCUUCCUCUCUUGAUACUGUUUUGCAUGAUAGAAUGAUGAAAGAAGAUAUCAGGGACCCAUAUAACAUGUCUGAUUCUGGGAGAAAUGGUGUUGUUCGAGGUCGUAAUAGCUCUGUUGUUCCCAGUACAGAUGAGCUGCAUUCUCCUCAUCGGGACCAGUAUUGGCGUGGUAUUGUUGCUAAAGGUGGAAUUCAUGUUUGUCAUGCUAGAUGUGUGCCUAUAAGGAAUGGUAUUAUGUCUCCAUUCCCUGAAGUCAUCAAUUGCUCAGCCAGAACUGGAUUGGAUAUGCUCACAAAGUACUAUGGUGAAGCCGAUGGUUUUGAAAUUGUCUUCUUCCUUCCCGACAGUGAAGAGGAUUUUGCUUCCUAUACAGAGUUUCUCAGGUACCUGGGUUCGAAAAGCCGUGCUGGAGUUGCUAAACUUGAAGAUGGAACUACUUUGUUCUUGGUACCACCAUCAGAAUUUUUGACACAGGUUUUGAAUGUGUCUGGUCCUGAACGCCUUUAUGGUGUUGUUCUUAAAUUGCCUCAGCAGUCUACCAGUGCAACCGUGCAGCAGUCACAUAUUGGCAUUUCAGAUUCAUCAUCUCAUUACACCAGUCGGAUUCCGCUACCUAUCUUGCCAAAAGGUCCUAUCAAAGAUGUUCAUACCGAGGAUCAAGCUGGGGAAAUGGAUCACCGUAGGCCAUCAUACGAGGAACCAAUGACUCAUGCAGUGGUUAGUAGACCACAAUUAUCACAUGCCAAUGAAUUACAGUUGACUCAGUCAGCAGCCCACAUGGAUUAUGCCCCUAAUCCCGCAGCUACUUCCCGGGAAGUUUCACUGACACCAGAACUGUUAGCUACUUUAGCUGCUCUUAUACCAUCCAAUACGCACUCCAAGGCUAAUGGAACUCCUCAGUUGCCUUCAGCUUCCUCUGUUACUCCUGUUCCAAUUUCUGCUUUCUGCAAUGCACGAUGUUUCGAUGCCAGCACAAGGGUGGGUUCAGGAGUAUCAACCGUCUGUUGGUACUGCCAUGGAGCAACUGAGACAUCCCCUCCAAUCUUCAGGGCGUCAAUUGCUUCAAAGCUCCACCUUUCCAUCAUAUGCCAACAUCGCAAAUGGACCAGAGCAUUCUGUACAGCCUGCGCCAGGCAGUCUGCUAUUUCAGGACCCAGCCUCUAUUUUGCCGCAAAAUUCUUCUAUUUCAUCUAUUCCAUUCAGCAACUAUUUAACUCCAUCUCAAGCUGGUCAGUUGGUUACCCAAAGCAAUCCACAGUAUUACAUUGGUUCAUCCUCUGGCUCUCAUCCGAAUUAUGGGAUGGUGCAACCUAUUACUUCACAUAGUUCUUUACUACUCCGGCUCAGCACCAAUCUGAGCCUGCUGGUCCAUCAGCAGGCCAUUCUCAGGUUGGUCAGCUCCAGCCACAGGAUGUCAUGCCAGUGUAUUCUGAUGAUGGUAACAGACGGUUCCCAGACCGGGGGUUACAGUUGCAGGCGAACCUCUCUGGCUUUGGUCAAGGUACAUCCGUUAGUGACUCUGACAAGAAUCAAAGAUACCAGUCAACACUGCAGUUGGCUGCAAACCUGCUACUCCAGAUCCAACAAAAGCAGCAAGCUAAUGCUCAAUCUGUUCAAGGAACUGCAAAUCAACAAUAGAAAUGCUUCUCGGGCCAGGUAUCAUUCUUUGCGUUUCUUUUCAGAAAUUUUUUACCUUGUUACUUAAUGUUUUAUGUGCUUCUAUAUUUUCAGUUAAAUUUCGCAAAUUACCAUCUAAUUUUAGUGCAGGUCUCCACCAGCUGAUGUGAUUUAACUGUUUGUUGUAUAUUGUUGUAUGGUUUUUCUUGCUCUAACCCAGUUUUCCUGAAAUUGAUUUUAUACUUGCUGUGUUAACUAUUAAGGAUCUCUGUUUAUUUGACUGGAUACUAACACUCCUUAAAAAUCAUGUUACCUAAUAAAUGACAUGGUAUAGGUCAAGAAAUAGCUUUUAAAUACUUCUAUGGAUAGAUUCACUUGGUUACUUGCCUCAUUUGAGAACUAGGAUGGACUAUUUGGUGACACUAUCAUGAUCAACAAACUGGACUCAAUUAAAUCCAUCUAGUUAUUGUUGGAUCAAAUAUUUUGCUAGCAGUGUCCUUAGGAUGGGAGGUUUAGUUUUAACAAUAUUGGAUGAUUGCAUGUUGGAAGAUUUGAAAGUUUUAAAGAAGCAAAUGCUUGUUUUAGAUGGAAGAUCUUAUGGAUAAUGUGAUCCCUGGUUAGAUUUAUUGUUUAUUUUACUACAAAAAUCAUUUCCCUCACAUAAUGAGAGGAUUUGUUCUGCUCUUUGUUUGGUUUCUAUGAAGGACUUAUAAACACAAGUUUUUCUAACCCAGCAAAUCUGAUGUGGCAGCUUUAUGAGUUUUCAUGACUUAUUGAGCUGGCUUUUUUGGUAUGCUCUAGGAAUUCAAGGUCAAAACCCAUUGUUGAAUUUUUUUUGUUUUGACCAGACAUGACAUAGCUUUGGAGUAAAUAGUUUUCCUUUAGACAAAGUAAUCAGAGUUAUUUUCAGAUUUGAAUGUGUAGUUGCAAUGAAAUGAAGUUAGUUUAGAUGCAGUUAUUUUCAUGUUUGAAUUUGUAUGGAGGCACUGAAACAGAAGGCUUUGAUUGUUGUUGACAUGCUGUGAUGACUUAGCUAUUUAACUAGUGACACAGUUCUUCUGUUGCACAAUGAAGACACCGAAAUUAUUAGGGAAGUGGAUAAGGUUCUGUCUCUUGACACUGUAGAAAUAUGGGACUCUACUAGAUGCAUUAUGUAGAAUCAUUAGAUGCUUACAAGGAAAUCAUGUGCUAAUGUUCUUUGUAAAUGUAAUGGGACAUCUCUUUUCUGAUAGUAACUUUAUUUUUUUUUCCCUUUUUUUUUUUUUGUUUAUUGAGGUUUUUUAUUUACAUUUUUUUUCCUGUUGGAACUUAGGAUGUUGAUUUAUCUGGUUUUUGUUUGUUUGGUCUUAUAGAAAUUUGUGUAAGAACUCCUAGGUUAUAUUCAAAUAUUAGCUGAAUAUGUUGAUUAAAGUGUUAGGUUAUGUAAGGAAGGAGGAUUUUAUUUGA